ACCAACAUCUUGGAUUCUACAACGAGUCAGGUUUAACUUUGCUACUCCCAAGGAGAGUGUCCGCGACAGAAAUGGCUGGAAUUUUUGCAUAUGCUGUUAUCUUUCUCAUAACUGUAGUCUUAUAUAGAUUGUUAAGAAGGGAAAAGAAAGAAUCCCAAGGAAGAGCUGAGGCUGAGCUUCCUCCAGGGUCAAUGGGAUGGCCUUAUAUGGGAGAAACUCUCCAACUCUAUUCUCAAGACCCAAAUGUGUUUUUUGCUGCCAAGCAGAAAAGGUAUGGAGAGAUUUUCAAAACACAUAUCCUAGGCUGUCCUUCUGUUAUGCUGGCUAGCCCUGAGGCUGCUCGCUUUGUAUUGGUAACUCAAGCUCACUUGUUCAAGCCCACGUACCCCAAAAGCAAGGAGCGUCUGGUUGGUCCAGCUGCGCUGUUUUUUCACCAAGGGGACUACCAUACUCGUCUCAGGAAGCUGGUUCAAGCCUCAUUGUCCAUUGAAACAAUUCGGAACUUGGUGGCAAAUAUCGAUGCCCUAGCAGCCUCUGCUUUAGAUACUUGGGAUGGGGGGCAUGUUAUUAACACUUUUCAUGAAAUGAAAAAGUUUUCUUUCGAAGUUGGCAUACUAUUUAUUUUUGGCCGUUUGGAAGCUCGACAUAGGGAGGAGCUUAAGAAGAACUACUUCAUAGUUGACAGAGGCUACAAUUCCUUCCCUACAAACAUCCCUGGAACUCCCUACAAAAAGGCAUUACUGGCAAGAAAGAGGUUGAGUAAGAUUUUGAGUGAUAUCAUAUGUAAAAGGAAGGAGAAGAGGUUGCUUGAAAAGGAUCUUUUGGGUUGUCUACUGAAUUACAAAGAUGAAAAAGGGGAAGUCCUAACUUGUGAUCAAAUCUCGGAUAACAUCAUUGGUACUCUUUUCGCUGCUCAGGACACCACUGCCAGCGUCAUGACAUGGAUUGUCAAGUACCUCCAUGACAAUCCGAAACUUCUAGAGACAGUUAAGGCUGAACAGAAGGCAAUUAGAAGACUGAAUGAAGAAGGCAACCAGCCACUGAGGUGGUCACAGACAAGGGAUAUGCCAGUUACUUACAAGGUUGUAUUAGAGACAUUACGAAUGGCAAGCAUCAUAUCCUUCACUUUUAGAGAAGCAGUUGCUGAUGUGGAAUACAAAGGAUACCUCAUUCCAAAAGGUUGGAAAGUAAUGCCUCUGUUCAGAAACAUUCAUCACAAUCCUGAAUUUUUUACUGAUCCCCAGAAAUUUGAUCCUUCCAGGUUUGAGGUUGCCCCAAAACCCAACACUUUCAUGCCAUUUGGCAAUGGAGUGCAUGCCUGUCCUGGAAAUGAGCUUGCAAAGCUGGAGAUGCUUAUAAUGAGCCACCACUUGGUUUCCAAGUUCAGGUGGGAAGUGGUAGGAUCCCAAAGUGGGAGUCAAUAUGGCCCAUUUCCAGUCCCUCUGCAAGGACUCCCCACCAGAUUUUGGAAAGAAUCUACUAGGUAGAAGGCAACAUGGAUGUGGAUUAUAAUAAUAGCUGUGAUGGAACGCGCCUCACCCACCUCAUUCACUCUUUUAGUCGCUACAGUAAAACUUUUAGCCUGGCAGUUUUCAUUUUUACCAUCCAAUUUAUAGCCCAUCCCCUUACAAGGUCUUAGGGGAUGGUAAGUUGUUUCCCAUCCACUAGUUCAGUUUUAGUUCAUUCUCAUUGUCAUUCAACGCCCCUCGUAUUUUUUCUUUUAGCGGCAAGCAAUUUGUAACUCGACAUUUGAUAUCUAUGGUAGUUGAAAGGUUUCCAUUA